AGGCGGAAUCACUGCUCAGAUUGUGCUAUAUUCUGCACAGCAGCUUCAAGGGAAAGCAGGUUAGAAUCAGAGAUGCUGGAUUCCACAUGCUCUGCCUGCUCCUGCAAUGGGCUGCUGCAGCUGGCAGAGACUUUGAGAAAUGCCAGCUGAAGAGGCCAAUAAACUGUACUGAAAGGUUGCCAGACCAGAAAAGAUGGAGGUGCCAGCAGAUCUGGAAGAGGACAUCAGUCUGCAGGAUAACAAUACCCAGAUUUUUCACAACUUUUCGUCUUUUGAUCCCAGUGGCAAUGUUGCCUAUGCCAACGUAAUAAUGCCAACUGUUUUUGGAAUAAUUUGUUUGCUUGGAAUUAUUGGCAAUAGUGUCGUCAUCUACACAGUCUUCAAGAAAUCCAAAUUCCGAUGUACCAGCAGUGUUCCUGAUAUUUUUAUCAUCAACCUUUCAGUGGUAGACUUAUUGUUUCUUCUUGGGAUGCCCUUCUUGAUUCACCAGCUACUUGGCAAUGGUGUAUGGCAUUUUGGAGAAACCAUGUGUACCCUUAUCACAGCACUGGAUACCAACAGUCAGUUUACCAGCACUUAUAUACUCACAGCCAUGUCCAUUGACAGAUACCUUGCAACAGUUUACCCAUUUACCUCAGCAAAGUACAGAAAGCCACCUAUAGCCAUCAUGGUCAUUUGCAUCCUGUGGGUGCUGUCUCUCCUCAGUAUCACUCCAGUUUGGAUGUAUGCUAGACUUAUUUCACUUCCUGGUGGAGUCCUGGGCUGUGGAAUCACCUUACCAAAUCCAGAAAGUGAUAUUUAUUGGUAUACCUUGUAUCAGUUCUUUUUGGCCUUUGCUAUUCCAUUUGCUGUUAUUUCAUUAGCUUAUAGGAGGAUUCUGCUGAAAAUGGCUUCCUCAGAAGCUCUUACAGCUCAAAGGAGCUCCAGGAUAAGGACAAAGAAAGUGACGAGGACAGCUAUAGCCAUCUGCUUGGUGUUCUUCAUCUGCUGGGCUCCGUUUUAUGUACUGCAGAUAAUUCAACUAGUCAUGGAACAGCCUACACUUGCCUUUCAUUAUGCUUACUGUGUGGCUAUCAGCAUGGGCUAUGCUAAUAGCUGUAUUAACCCUUUCAUCUAUAUUAUCUUGUGCGAAACCUUUAGGCGUAGGUUUAUUGUUUCUGUCCGACCAGCGGAAGACCUCCCACCGGGCAGGAUCAGGAUGAAGUUUGGCACAGAUCCCCCUUCAGGUAGUGGUCAACCAUUGCUUCACCUUGUUCCUGUUUCCUCUGGGAGCUGAGGAACAGGAUGUAAAAAGUGACUUCAAUUAACUCUUCUUUGGAAACAUCUAGAUGCACUGUGGUAUUUAUCAUAGUAAAGUGGUUGUAUUAAAUUCUGAUGUAGACCCCUUACCGAGUAUAUUAGAAUGAUGUCCUUUGUCUUGUCAUCCGUUCAAAUUGCUUUAAAUUUGCUGUGCACUUCACAUUUGUUGUUUAAAAUCAAACUCAUACCUAAAUACUGUGUUUUUGGUACAUUUGGGUAUCUCACUAUUUCCGCAUGCUUAGUCAUGAAGAGUUAAUAAGGGUUUGGCAACUCUCAUACUGUGGCUCCUUAUGUGUGUACUUGCUAUGGCUACAGCAUAACAAAUAACUAUAGAUUUUUUUUUUUAUAUAGUAGGUUAAGAUGUAUUUUUUUAUUUGUUUAUCCUGCUGACCAGUCUGUCAUAUCUAAAAUAGGGAGAAAAAAAAUCAAGUGUACGUAAUGUAUGGGAAAUCAUAUCUUCUGUAUAGAAAUCUCCAGACAUUAGAUGGGUAACAUGGUUCAUUAAAGGGCAUUACCAAUGUAAAGGUGGCUUGACACGUGGCCUUGUUGUCCUGUUUAACGAAUGAACUUUAGUCAUUAGGGGACAGAGAGUUCCUUAUGAAAUCAGUGGGCUUUCUAUGUAACACAUGAGUGUGCCAAGUUCUUCAGAGAGAAUGACGCUCUUUAUAUGUUUUCUCCUCUGUGGAUCAUUGAUGAGAGUCCAAAAUGGAAGAACACCAUCUUUUAGUUCAGAAUUCCCUGAUAAGGAAUGCGCACAAUGAGUAGUAUAUUCCAUGUCAAAUUCAACAUGGACUUCACCUGGUAUCUGACUUGAUUUCAAUGGGAUUUCCAUGUGCACAAGGGCAUAGGGUAUUUGAAAACAGUUUUUUAAACAUGCUGUUCUGCUAACUAAUAUGAAAUAUUUAUUUAUCAUUUUGCAACAUAUUUUUCUCAAAUGCAUCAUAUUUUUGAUGACAUUUUUUACCCAUACACCUCAAAUUUUAUAUAAAAUUCUCCAUAAUCUUCAUCUUCCUGUGUGACAACACAAGUAGCGUAUUUGCCAAUGUUUACACUUUCGAACUCACAUUGAGCUGCAAACAGUGGAAAAUUUAUCAAAAGCAAAAAAAAAAAAGUUUGUAAGGGUUUAAAUCUGCAAGUACAGAUGAUUAGAGCAAACGUCACUGAGAGACUGGACACAAUACAUUUUGCGUUUUGUGUAGAUGUGACAGUUCAUUGCUAGUGAAAAGCGGCAGGGGCCAUAUUCAAAUUUGCAAUAUUUAGUGACUACAUGGAUGAAUAUUCGUCAUAUGUUCGCAAAAUUCGCAUAUUCGCUAUGUUCGUUCUCUCUUUUUUUCAUGCAAAAAUUCGUAAGGAAAUUUGCAUAGUGCGCAUGCGCAAUUAUAUAUUUCACCUAAAAGAAAGGAGGGAUCAGUGUCCAGUCUGGAAGUGCCGAUAUUUGCAUAAAUAUUUGCAUAAAUUCGCAUAUAUAGAAAAAAGAAUAUUUGUCAUUGCAAAUAUAUAUCACUAUAUUCUAAGUAUUCACGAAAUCGCGAAGUGCUAAUAUUCACAGUAAAAAUUUGCAUUUCAAAUAUUCACGCUCAACACUAUUCAUUGCAAUGAAAACAAAUAAAGAGAAGAAUGUGACCACCAACUUGCAGAGGGCAGAGACAAUGCAGACUUCAAUGAUAAAUAGCCAACAAUUGUUUUGGGCAGCCUAUGCACUUCUUCAGGCCUUUGCAAGACCUAAUGAAGUGCGCCCUUGAAGUCUGUAUUGUCUCAGCCGUACAUUGAUACUUUGGAUACACAGAACUGCAAACUGGUGAGUGCCGCAUUUCUCUUUGUCUUCAUUGACCCAUAAACUGUUUACGACUUAAAAUUAGGCUCAAUAAUCAGAAUGUUACCAUAGCCUUAUAGUGUUAAGACAAACCAAAAAUACCUGUAAAGGAGGUCUAAAUAUUUACAAUAGUAGCAAACCUUCAACCUUUUUAAGAGAAAUGCAUAAAAAAUGUACACAGUUUGAUCCAUGAAGAAGAAACCGAUUUCAUCCUUGGAUUGGUCUUAAUGUGCUGACAGUUGUCUACAGCUAGUACUGCACACGUGUUCUGUGUUUUAACAUUGUCAGUAUUUCUAUUUUGAUAAAGUUACGUUAGCUAUAAAAAUAAAUGUGAAAUUAUAUAGUAAUGUUUUUAUUAAUAUAUGUAUAUAUAUAUAUUGCUUUUAAGAAUAAGUAUUGAUGUAAUUUAUUUAUUAAUUAAUUUAUUUAUUUUAUUGCUACAGCAAAUGCUAUUCUGCAAUUGGCAAGCAAGCUUUUUUUUGUGAGAAAAACAGCCUCAAAAAGUGUGAGAAAAUGUUCUGAUGUUUUUUGUUUUUUGACCGUCUAAGGACACAUGUUGCUGCAGCAAGCUACUUCACAUGUACUUGUCGUACAUUUACAACAUAGCUAUAAAUUGGGCUCAGGAGCUACGCUCACUUCAUAGCUUCAUAGCGGAACUCACUGGUAAUGUGAUCAUUCAUGCUGAUGUCUGCCAUUAGCCCUAUCUAUAAAUAAAAUAGAGGUGCCAGUGUCCUAGGAUAGGCUCAUCAGACCCCCGCAGUGUAAUUGUGGUUGUCCGAUUAGUACAAAUGGCAGCCAGAUGUCUUUUACCUUCCUCUGGCAUGCAGGAUGGGUGAUCUUCUUGUGCAGGCUGCCUAGGCAGGCUGUACAAGAAGACUGCCAAGUACUGAUUUGUACUACUGUAUAAUAUUACAUAGUACUGAACAGUACAUUGCAAUCUAAUGAUUGCUAUUAAUAGUCCCCUAUGGGGACUUAAAAAGUUUAAACUAUGUAUUUAAACAAUAUAUAAAAAAAGGGGGGGAAGCACUUUCCUCGAAUCUGGUCUUUUAUGUGCUUAUGGAUGAAAGCAUGUGUGGAUCUUGUAUAUUGUGUACACAGUUGGGUAAAGAAGAAGGAUGCAAUAUAAAUUAAACAAUUAUAUAUUUAUUUAUUGGUGUAUAAUGUCCAUGACAUCUGCCUGCAGGGCCCUUGCAGCAGUGCCAGUAGAUAUAUGAUACCGUAUUUAUCGGCGUAUAACACGCACUUUUUAGGCUAAAAUUUUUAGCCUAAAGUCUAUGUGCGUGUUAUACGCCGAUAGCCGCUGCAGUUCAAUUAUUUAAAGCGGGCGCUUUAAAUCAAUGAACUGCAACGGCUUUGCAGGUGCAGAGACAGCCAGCGCUGCCGGCUUCUCUGCCCCUGCCUGCCCUGGGGUCUAGA